AUGUAUAAGCUUAUAUUAUUAUGUUCACUUGUAAUAUUUGCAAGUAGUAUGAGUGAGAGUGAAACACUGUUGUAAUCUCUAUAAAACAGUGAAUUUGGAAAGACUAUAAUUCAAACAAUUUAAGUUUAAUUGGAAGGAAACAGCAGUGUAGAUAAAAUAAUUGAACUCCUCACUUAAAUGAAAGAUAGAAUUAAUGGAGAAUAAGAUGUUGAGAGAUAGAAAUCAAGAGAUCACACAUAAUUCUGUGAUGACAAAUAUGAUGAAAUAUUAUUUGUUAUAGAUUCAUCAGAAUAUUAAUUAGCCAAAGAUUAAUAAACAUUGCCACUAUUCAUUUAAGAAUAAAAAAAUAAAUAGAGAUAAUUAUUGGAUAAAUAAGAAAUUGAAGAUAGAAAUAAUUAACGUAUUGCUGAAUUAACAGAUUAAAGAGAUUUAACAAGAGUAUUAAUAUAUAUAUUUUAAAUUAUUAUAGUAACAAUAUGAAUCAAGAAGAGAUGAAUUAACUAAUAUGAUAGGAGCAUUACAAGAAGGAAAAAGAAUAAUUAGUAAAUUAAGUACUAAGAAAUGGGAUCCAUUGGCUGGAACAUAUUCAUUCCUUGAAUUUUCAUAAUUUAUGUUUAAUGAAUUAGAAGCACAUUAAAAGUCUUUAAAAAAAUAAUCAAAUGGAAUUGGAUUAUUGUAUGAAUUACUUUUAGAAACUUCACAGUAAAAUUCUAAAUAUUAUUCAUUAGAGAUCCUGGAAUUUAAGCUAAUUAAUAAGGAGUAGCAAAAAUAUAAGAGAUAAUAGAUGAAUUAAUUGAAAGCAUAUUUGAUCUUUUGAAAAAGGAAUUAUUGGAAGAUAAUGCAAGAGAAUAAGACUAUUAAAACUAAAAAGAAAGAAUAGUUAUUUAAAAUAGAAGAUUAUAAGCUACUAUUGCAACAUUUAGAGCUAGAGUCUUAAUAAUCAAUCAAACCAUACUUGAAUUAAAUAAUGAUAUUAGAUUCAAUACUGAAGUAAUGCAAUCAAUUAAUAUAUAUCUAGAAAUCUACUCUUCUUAAAAAAUAAAAGGAUGAUUGGGAAAGAACUUGCGUUGAUUAUCAUAAUGGUUAUGUUGAGGCUACUAAGAUUAGGUAUAUUGUAUUAUAUAAACUCUAGAACUUAAUAAAGUGACAUCCUAACAGAAGUUAUUCAAGUGUUUAAUAGAAAUUACAACGAUUUCCCAAGUUUAAUUUAGAAUAUAACAGUCUGAUU